UCUUUUCUUUCUUCUUCAUCUUCUUCUCUCUACUCACUCUACCACUGUCUUCACUUCACUUCACUCUUCUCUCUCUCUCUCCUCGAGACGACCAAAAUACUUCAGAUCUAACAACCACAAAAACCUCUGAAAAAAAGAAAACCCUAAUUAAGAUUUGAUCUGGGUUAGAAUAGGCUCCAUCGUCAAUGGCAGUAACAGAUGUAGAAAAUCCUCUUUUAGGAGAAACCACUUGUGGGUCUCUGCUGCAGCAAUUACAGCGAAUAUGGGACGAAGUUGGUGAAAGCGAUGAAGACAGGGACAAGAUGCUUCUUCAGAUAGAGCAGGAAUGUUUAGAUGUCUACAAAAGGAAGGUUGACCUGGCUGUCAAUUCAAGAGCCCAACUUCUCCAGACCUUGGCGGAUGCUAAUGUUGAACUUUCGACUCUCCUAUCUGCACUCGGAGAAAAGACUGUUGUCGGAAUGCCUGAGAAAACUUCCGGAACAAUUAAGGAACAACUUGCAGCUGUUGCACCGACAUUGGAGAAGCUGUGUUUACAAAAAGAGGAGAGGCUGAGAGACUUCUCUGAUGUACAGACGCAAAUUCAGGAAAUCUGUGGGGAAAUUGCUGGGAAACUGAACCUGAAUGACGAGGCACCAGUGGUUGAUGAGUCCGAUUUGUCCCUGAAGAAGUUAGAGGAAUAUCAUGCUCAACUUCAAGAACUUCAGAAAGAAAAGAGUGAAAGAUUACACAAGGUCUUGGAAUUCGUUAGCACUGUGCAUGAUCUUUGCUCAGUUCUCGGUAUGGACUUCUACAGCACUGUGACGGAAGUUCACUCAAGCCUGAAUGACUCUACUGGUGUGCAGUCAAAAAGCAUUAGCAACGAAACAUUGUCAAAGCUUGCUGAGACAGUUGUUGCUCUAGAAGAGGACAAGAAGCAGAGGCUGCAGAAGCUUCAAGAGUUGGCUAAUCAGCUGAUUGAUCUUUGGAAUCUAAUGGAUACACCUGAAGAAGAGCGACAAUUGUUUGACCAUGUUACAUGCAACAUAUCAGCCUCAGUGGAUGAAGUGACUAUUCCAGGUGCUCUUGCUCUGGACUUGAUUGAGCAGGCUGAGGUUGAAGUUGAGAGGCUUGAUCAGCUAAAGUUUAGUCGGAUGAAGGAAAUUGCUUUCAAGAAGCAGGGUGAACUUGAGGAGAUAUAUGCUCGUGCACAUAUAGAAAUAGAUACAGAAGUUGCUCGGGACAAGAUUUUGGCAAUUAUAGAUGCUGGGAAUGUGGAGCCCACAGAGCUGAUUGCUGAUAUGGAUAGCCAGAUCUUACAUGCCAAAGAAGAGACUCUUAGCAGAAAGGAGAUACUGGACAGGGUUGAAAAAUGGAUGUCAGCAUGUGAAGAAGAGAGUUGGCUUGAAGACUAUAAUCGGGAUGACAACAGAUAUAAUGCUAGUAGAGGCGCUCACUUGAAUCUUAAGCGGGCAGAGAAAGCCAGAAUUCUGGUGAACAAAAUCCCAGCAAUGGUUGAGACUUUAGUUGCCAAAACUCGUGCAUGGGAAGAGGAGCGAGGCGUAACAUUCACUUAUGACGGAGUCCCCCUGCUUGCUAUGCUUGAUGAAUAUGCCAUGCUUAGGCAUGAAAGAGAAGAGGAGAAACGGAGAUUGAAGGACCAAAAGAAGUAUAUCGACCAGAUGACCACAGACCAGGAAACUGCUUUCACCACGAGGCCAAGCCCUGUUAGACCUGGUAGUGCAAACAAGAAAGGACCACGUGCAAAUGGAGGCUCCAAUGGGACUCCUAGUCGUCGACUCUCAUUAAACUCUCAUCAAAAUGGAACACGGUCAUCAAAAGAGGGUAAGCUCAGGCCAGCAGCUCCGGUGAAUUAUGUUGCCAUAUCAAAAGAUGAUGCAUCCUCCCACAUCUCUACCUCGGAAACCAUCCCUGCCACACCAUAAUAAUUGAAACUAGAAGUAAGAAACCUGUAGGUUUUAUUAAUUGUCAUAGUGUAGUUUUAGUUUUAGUUUUGUUGCUGUAGGAUGUUAAUUGUGAACAGUAAGGUGUAGUGAGAGAGUACUAAGUACAUACUGGAAAUUGUGUGUUAUAUCGUCGUGAAGAAGCUUACUAAUUCAUGCUGUUCUAUU